AUGGCCUCAAAUCGCAAUGGAUAUAGUACUCCACAUCAUUACAUACACUCGCUGGGACAGUCCAUAACUCAGCAAAGGUUUUAUGGAACUUUCAGGCAGGGACAGUUAAGUUUCAGACCAGGAGCUAUGUAUAUGAAAGACUUAUGUGUUAGGGACAGUCAAGUUUUAGACAUCAUCCUCAGCAACAUUGCGAUUCUCCAAAACUUCAACAAUUCAACAAGAACUACUCUCACUGAGCCACUCUUCCUUUUAAGCAGCAGAAUU